AUGGCGACUCCGGUGAAGUUGACAUGCAGAUUCUAUAAAGCACGCUACCCGGUAGUGGGGAGUAUUGUGAUGGCUAAAGUGGAAAGGAUUCAAGACGGUGCAGCUUUUGCUUCGUUGUUGGAGUACAACAAAAUCGAGGCAGUGAUCUUCUUCAGCAACGAGGACGAGGUUACCGUUGGGAGAACAUCUCCGUUUCGUGUAUCGAAAGUAACCACCGAUAAUCGAGUCAUCGUGUUAGAUCGUUCUCCUCCGAGCAUGCAAGAGAUAUGGUCGUGUGAAAGGAGGUUUUUGAAGGCGAGACAUGUGCAUAAUGUCCUAUUCAGUGUCGCUGAAGAGCAGAGAAUCAAUCUCAAGAGGGUUUACAAACGUUUGAAGUGGCCCUCUUAUGAGCAGAUGAAUGAUUUGUACAAGGAAGAUUGGCUUGCUUUCUGA